ACAAUCAGGUCCUAGUUUGAUCGGUGAAAACGCGGAAAUGACUAUAUCUUAAUCAGCAAUAGCCGUUAAAGAAACCAAUAAGCUAACAGUCAAUGCAAUAAAAGUUGCUUAUUUUACACGUUUACACUUGUUCAUACGAAACUUCCCAAGUCCGUCGGUCCGCGGCGACGACGACUUUUAUUUGUUUGCUGUGGGUUCACACCUUGAUCAAUAAAUUCUUGGAUUUUCUUGAAGCUGAGGAAAAGAAUAAAAAACAUGGGUUCAAGCAGCAGUUUAAUGGUUUCCCCAUCAUCAAGAAAGUCUUCUGGGUUUGGUGGCUCCAGGCUAAACCGCACCAAGCGCAGACUUUCUUUUCUAUUUUGUGGUGCAGCCUCCAACGCUGGGUCAAAUCUUGAGCUAGAAGAUUAUUCUCAGGAAUCAUCAGCAAGUUCUACAAAAACAUUAGCUCCAAUUAGUGAUGUUUCGCAUAACUCCAUCAUAGAAUCUUCUUCAAUUUUCAGUUCAGAAUUUGAGGAUACAAGUUCCACAGUUGAGACCGGGGAAUCAUCUGGAAGUGACAACAGUAUUGUUGAGGAAGCUUUGGUUGAACAGUUAAAUGUAAAAGCAAGCAGAGAUCUGGCAUGCCUCUUAAAUAAUAAGGAAUCAGUUAUCCAUCAGCCUGGUAGUGAUCCAUCAAGCAGUCUUGCACAUGCGAAUUCAGAUUCAGAUGUUGAAUAUCACCAAAAUGCAGUUGAUGACGAUAAUAACACUAAUUUAAGGUCACAUUCUAUUGCUUCCGAUUCUUUACCACCAUUUCAAUUGCCUGGAGAUGAAAGUUCUCACAUGACAACAACUUCUAGUCCAGGAUAUCUUGUUUCUGACAAUGCCCGGGAUCUCAGAAGUGGAUAUCUUCUUCAUCUCGAUGUGGUGAAUAUCUCUUCUAACUUUCUAUCCAGUCGAAUUGCAGAAAUAAAUAGCUUAGAAGCUAGAAGACAUAGUAGGAGGCAAUUUUGGGAUGCUUUAUCAAGACGGAGAGACUCCCGGACCAUGGUUUUUGCCAGUGGUCAUGCUGAUCAACUAGGAUCCCAUGACAGAUGGCUUCUAGAUAUUGGUGGUAUCCGCAAUGAUGAAGUUGGUCAUGAUGUGGAUUCCUUGAGUGUUAGACGUCAUCGUAGAAAUGAAGGAAGAUGGCUAUUGAGAUCGGAGAUCUCAGAAAGAAUGAUAAGCGGCCUUAAUGAGGGAGCCCAACAAACUACAUUCUGUGCAUCUGGGCUACACCAUGAGGGCACAUGUUCAUGUGAUUCUACUUUUUCAUCUGAAGAAUCUAGUACCCUUGCAAGCAUCUCUCGAAUUAUUAUGCUUGCUGAGACAUUAUUUGAGGUUUUGGAUGAAAUUCAGCGCCAAUCUCUGUCUCUUUCACCAUCAACGCUCUCUCUCCCUGCUCCUGAGUCUGUUGUGGAUUCAUUUCCUCUCGAGUAUUAUGAAAAACAAAAAGAAAUUGAAAGUGAUACGAGUGAUGUUCAACAGUGCUAUAUUUGCCUGGCUGACUACGAAGACAGUGACAAAUUAAGAGUUCUUCCCUGCAAUCACAAGUACCAUGUUGCAUGCAUUGAUAAAUGGCUUAAAGAAAUCAACCGGGUAUGUCCACUCUGCAGACGCAAUGUUUGUGCUGAUGGUGGGGAAUGUUCGGCGUCAAUCCCUGAAGUACCAUCACAGUAAUGCAGCUGUAAAUGUAUAUAUAGAUGGACAACUUUGAAUCUUGACAUGUUUAUAGAGUUGAUAUGAUCUGAAUUUCAGCAACUUUUUAUUUGUAUGGUAUGUCAUAAAUGUGAAUAAUUCUUCUAACUUCUGCAUCUUCAAUCUAGUAAUUGGGUUUGAGACUGAAGAAAAAGAUGUAUUGCAAGUUUAGCAUCGUUUAAUGGAGUGAAAUGUUUCAAAAAUCA